UCCUGAAGAGUGAGCGUGUUUCCCGAAUGGUUCAGAGCGGAGGCUGCUCGGCCAACGACUUCCGCGAAGUCUUCAAGAAGAACAUUGAGCGACGCAUUCGUAGCCUCCCAGAGAUCGACGGCUUGAGCAAAGAGACUGUGCUGAGCUCCUGGAUUGCUAAGUAUGAUGCCAUUUACAGGGGGGAGGAGGACAUGCGGCGUCAGACACAGAGGGCACACCUUAGUGCCGUGUCGGAGCUCAUCCUCAGUAAGGAGCAACUCUACGAAAUGUUUCAGCAGAUCCUUGGCAUCCGAAAGUUCGAGCACCAGCUGCUCUAUAAUGCCUGCCAGCUGGACAACGUAGAUGAGCAGGCAGCUCAAAUCCGUAGAGAGCUGGACGGCAGGCUACAACUGGCCGAGAAGAUUGCCAGGGAGAAGAAAUACCCAAAGUUCAUCUCCCCUGACAUGGAGGCUCUGUACAUGGAGGAGCUGCGUUCUUCAGUCAACCUGCUGAUGGCAAAUCUGGAGAGUCUGCCGGUGUCUAAAGGAGGCCCCGACUUCAAACAGAAGCUCAAACGCUCCUCUCAGAAUAACUCCUUCCUGGACAUCGGGGAUGAGGGAGACAUCCUCUCCAAAUCUGACGUUGUGCUGUCCUUCACUCUGGAGAUUGUAAUCGUGGAGGUUCAGGGUCUGAAGUCUGUUGCUCCGAACCGGAUCGUUUACUGCACCAUGGAGGUGGAGGGAGGAGAGAAGCUGCAGACGGACCAAGCUGAAGCUGCCAGACCACAGUGGGGGACUCAGGGGGAUUUCACCACAACUCACCCACUGCCCUCGGUCAAAGUAAAGCUGUUCACAGAGAGCACUGGUGUGCUGGCUCUAGACGACAAGGAGCUGGGCCGGGUGGUCCUAAACCCAACCACCAACGGACCAAAGCAGGCCGAGUUCCACCGAAUGGUCGUCGCCAAGAACAGUCAGGACACGGAGCUGAAGAUCAAACUGGCUGUCCGCAUGGACAAACCCCCCAACAUGAAGCACAGUGGGUAUCUGUAUACUCUAGGACAGAGAGUCUGGAAACGCUGGAAAAAAAGAUAUUUUGUUCUUGUUCAGGUGAGUCAGUACACAUUCGCCAUGUGCAGCUACCGAGAGAAGAAGGCUGAACCUCAGGAGCUGAUGCAGCUGGAGGGCUACACAGUGGAUUACUGUGACCCUCAGCCAGGUCUGCAGGGUGGUCGGGUUUUUUUUAAUGCAGUGAAGGAGGGCGACUUGGUGAUGUUUGCCUGUGAAGAUGAGCCGGACCGGCUGCUGUGGGUCCAGGCCAUGUACCGGGCCACCGGACAGUCCUACAAACCAGUCCCACCACUGCAGAACAAAACCACAAACUGCAGAGGAGGAAUUCAGAAGCCAGCAUCUCCCAUCAGUCUGGAUCCGUCUCAGCGGCAGGGAGUGGAGGGGUUGAUCUCUGCAGCUCCGUGUCGCCUUGACCACACCGCCCUGUUCAGCAUUUUACAGAAACACACUCUGCAGCACCGCAUGAACGACUCCUUCUCAUGCCUGGGUUGGUUCAGUCCUGGUCAGGUGUUCGUCCUGGAUGAGUACUGUGCACGGUACGGCGUCCGAGGCUGCCACCGCCACCUGAGCUACCUGAAGGGUCUGAUGGAUUAUUCAGAGAACAACGCAUUGGUCGACCCCACGCUGCUGCAUUACAGCUACGCCUUCUGUGUCUCCCACGUGCACGGAAACAGGCCUGAUGGGAUGGGGACAGUGACCGCGGAGGAGAAGGAUCAGUUUGAGGCCAUCAGGAGUCGUCUGAUGGCGCUGCUGGAGAACCAGAUCACACAUUUUAGGUACUGCUUUCCCUUUGGGCGACCAGAUGGGGCCCUGAAGGCAACUCUCUCCCUGCAGGAACGGGUUUUGAUGAAGGACAUCACUACGCCUGUCCCUCCAGAGGACAUGAAGAAUCUCGUGCAGAGGUGCCUGGAAAAAGCAGCUCAGAUCAAUUACAGUCAGCUGAUGGAAUAUGCUCAGAUCAAGGAGGAUUCUCAGGAAGCUCCAGAGAAAAGGCUGGAGGACAUGAUGAGACUUGGGGAGCUCUGCAUUGAUGUCCUGCAGCAGAACGAUGAACAUCACUCCGAGGCUUUUUCGUGGUGGCCGGAGCUGAUGGCUGAACACGCAGAAAGCUUUCUGUCUCUGUACAGAGCUGAUAUGGACGGUGCCCUUCAGGUGCAGCCGGUCGACUCCUGGGACAGUUUCCCACUAUUUCAGCUCCUCAACAACUUCCUGAGAACUGACCCUCACCUGUGUAAUGGGACGUUCCACAAACACCUGCAGGACCUGUUCGUCCCCCUAGUGGUGCGCUACAUCGACCUGAUGGAGUCGUCCAUCGCCCAGUCCAUCCACCGCGGCUUCGAGCAGGAGACCUGGCAGUCGGUCAAUAAUGGUUCCGCCACCUCAGAGGAUUUGUUCUGGAAGCUGGAUGCUCUACAGAUGUUCGUCCUGGACCUCCAUUGGCCAGAGCCAGAGUUUGCCAAACAUCUGGAGCAGAGACUCAAACUGAUGGCUAGCGACAUGAUGGAGGCCUGCGUCAAGAGAACAAAAUCAGCGUUUGAUGCCAAAAUGCAAAGAGCGAGUAAGUCCACAGACUUCCGGGUGCCGCUGUCAGUCUGCACCAUGUUCAAUGUGCUGAUGGACGCCAAGAAGCAGUGCUCCAAGCUCUGUGUGCUGGAUACUGGACAGGAGAUUGACAAACAAUGGCAACAGUACCACUCCAAAAUCGAUGUGCUGAUUGACGAGUCAUUCAAAGAAAUGAUUUCCUCCCUCAUCUCAAAGUUUGCCGGUGUUUUAGACGGCGUUCUCUCCAAGCUCUCGAGAUACGAUGAAGGGACGUUCUUCUCCUCAUUCCUGUCUUUCACAGUGAAAGCUGCUGCCAAGUAUGUGGAAGUCCCUAAACCUGGGCUGGAUCUGGCUGACACCUACAUCACCUUCAUACGGCAGAACCAGGACAUCCUCCGAGACCGCGUCAAUGACGAGGUCUACGUUGAGGAUAUUUUCGAUCAAUGGUUCACCGGCUCCAUGAAGGCUGUGUGUGUUUGGCUGACUGAUAGACUGGACCUGCAGCUCCACACAUACCAGCUGAAAACCCUCAUCAAGAUUGUGAAGAAGACCUACCGUGACUUCAGGCUGCAGGGGGUCCUGGACGGCACACUGAACAACAAGAGCUACGAGACCAUCUACAACCGCCUGACAGUGGAGGAAGCCACGGCGGCCGUCAAGGCGGGCGACGGCCUGCAGGGCAUCAGCAUGCGAGACAGCGACGAGGAGGACGACUAGAUACACACACACACGCUCCCUUCACACACCUUGUUACUGCUUGAUUGUCAUCCUCUCCAUUACAGAUCAGGAGCUUCUGUCCCAGUUAAUGACUUCCUCCCCUUUCACUUAACAAUUUUCCUUAAAAACUAAAACCACAGUCAACAAAUAUGGUUUAAUACUGAUGUAACUGGAUUAGAUUGCCGCUACACAAAUUAGCUGUGCGUUUCAUUAACAACAGAACAGGUUUUGCUGAAGCUAGCUUGCUAUGUUGUGGAUGCAUGUUCUCCACUGAGCCCCAAUUCAGUCAGCCAUAUUGGAUGAAGGAUAAAACGUGAAGUAAAGACAGCAAAACAUUUAUAUAUUUUCUCCGCAGAAUUUGACUGUAGUUCAGUCAAAUAUACCACAACAGCUGAUACUUCAUCCACAGUCAACAAAUAUAAAUGAACAAGAUUAAGAAAAAAGGACAGAAAUAGAGAACUGACUGCAAAACUAACCUCACUGUUUAUGGCAAGAUAAGUCAAGAUAAUUUUAACUAAUAAUACUUGUUGUUGUUGAUUGUAUUGUAAAUCUGAUGAAGAAGCCUGGUUGAUUAAAAACCUUGCUUCCACUUUUUUAAUACAAGGUGAAGCUCUGUGUAUAAUUGCACAUGUGCAGUAGAGGUUGAUAAUCGUGACUGAAGACCUGAUCCGUUGAGGAGGAUCGCUCGGGUAGUGACAACCCCCCCCCCCCCCCCUUUUUCUCAGCCUGUCAAAUGCGCAUCGCCCAGAUGCCACUGUGCAUAUGUGUUGAAACGUACAUGAGUGUGAAUGUACGACCAAAAGUAAGAUGAGGCAUCUGAAAGACACUUGAAGGUAGAGACCAGCCUCGUGUUCCCGCUCUCACCUAUAGGACAGGAAGCCUCGCCUCCCUUCAUGUGCAGCCAUACUCUGAUUGAUGUCACUUUUUACAGUAGAGCACAGCAAACACCUUUUUUGGUUUCCUUCAGUUAUUGUAGCUUAUUGUUCAAAACUUUUUAAGGCUAUGGCAGCUCUUAAACGCUAGUCCCAGCAAACUUGCCUUUUUCUGUCAUAUUCCUUAUACCAACAGCCGCAAAAUCCACUGAAGAGAUUUAUUUUUAUUUGAGAGAAAGCUUGGAAUUGUAAGGUUCUAUCUAACUGUUUUAUCAAAACCUUGGUUUUCCACUUUCAUUUCCCUGAGUUGUAAAACAACAGCAGUGUUUGGUCAUUCAAGCAGAACAACCUUACAGUUUCUUAACAAGCAACCCAUUUUACUUUUACAACAAAUAGUGACUGUUGUUUCCGAUAAGCUAAAGCAGAAGUAGCGUGACAUAAUUACAGCACCUCAAUACUUGAGUUAGUGGUGGAUGUAAGGUCAACAAAGCUGUUAUCAUCCUUGACUGUUUGAAACAAAUGUUGACCAGCAGUUCAAUCUUAAUUUUGUCUAUCCAUGAUCACGUCCUUCUCUAACCUUUUACAGGACUUCCUCUUUAAUUGACUAAAUUCAAUCAAACCUUAAGAAAAGCGGUAGCAGAUCAGAAAACACUUGUGUGUUGUUUCAGAAUGGAUGAUCAGCAUACUGAUGAUUUAGUUCUUCUGUGAAAUGUACCUUAUCUUUGUCUUAGGGUGCUGCUAGAGGUAAGGCCAUUGGAAGAAAGUUCAAUUCAUUUUAAACAUGGCCAGUAAAAUAUAAUGGAAAUUGUCCCCUUAGAUUGGAUUACAUUUGAUGUGUAAAGGUGAGAUGGUCUAUCCAGUGGUGGUGAAGGUCAGGAGGUCAUUAGGAUUCUUCCUCUAGAGAUUUGUUUGUUUGUGGUUUUUAAGCCUCAGUCAAAACCAAUAGCACAGUUCUUUUCCCCACAGUCGUCCACCUGCACUCUUUCCCUUUACUUUCAUGUUGGAGUAAUCGACAGUACAGAAACUAUUUCCCAGUGUUGCAAAAAGCAUGGUCAAGGGGAUCCCACCUGGAGACUGGUUUCCGUCCCAUUACAAACCAAACAAUUGAUCUUAGUAUUUGUUAAUCUUCACAUUGUACUUUCCUUCAAUCUUGGCAAAUGCUUUAAUUUGCCUAAUCUUGUCCAAACCUUAAAGACUAAUUAGUUUUCCUUGGAGGUUUUUGUCCAUCAUUUCUAUCAACAUUGUUGUCACCAAACCCCCUUUUCUACUGGUAAAAAAAAAACACUACCACCACUAAUAUCUGGCUUUUGUCUACAAUGGGAAUGGAUUCAAUCUGCAUUCCCUCCCAGGUAAAUUUACUACUGGUUUUAAGUGGCUCUGGCUCAAAUUGAUAGUGAAGGAAAUGUGAGACCUACGUCAAUGAGUUACCGUCAAACCUGAUGCAAAUAUGUAACUGGCAAUGAGAAAAGAGUUAAUCGCCUUUUUCUUGCGGGCUUAUCUUCAUUAAUAAACGUGUGUCCCUGUUUGUUUGAUGUAGAAGAAGUUUGAGUUCACGUCUGAGAUCGGAGAAAAACAGUGACAUCUCCAAAAAGAGGGUUAUGAUUGAAAUUGCACAGUCCGAAUUCAAACGAUUUUUGAAAUUACUACAGUACUUAAGAUGCUUCAAAGGACAGUUUGAAUUGGAGUCAUGAUUUCACUAGCGUUUUUUUGCCUGGAAGUUUGUUUCUAUUUUCUCCCGUCUGAUUGUCUGACUCCUCAUGUUUCUCUACCAGUUGGACUUUGCUGUUACAGUACCUGAUGCCCAACCUUGAAAAACAUGACCCACAUUGUCCUUAGAAUUAUCAUUUAACCACACCUUAACUAUUGUGUAUUUAACACAGCCUCAACGUUACCUUAACCAUAUUGUAGUUGCCAGGUGUUGUGAUGUUAUCCUAAUGAGAAAUAAUUCUUAUUUAACUUUCAAAAACUUUGAAAUUGACCGAAUCAAGGAUUUUGCACAAUUGUUAUGUUUGAUUUGAAAAUUGUGUCUGGGAGUAGGGGUUAGCCUUCAGGUCAAAAAACUGUACUUAUCUGAAUGUUUUUGAUAAUCAUUGUCUAGAUCUGUAGACAAAUUCGUACAGGUCCAAGCUAAUGAGAUGUUGCUGUACUGCUGUAGUUUCUCAGCCUGAACUUUAUGUAGCUCACAAUGUUCCCACUGAUAAAUAAGGACUGGUGGUCUCAGGUAGUAAAAGAUGCAAAAAAAUACAAAAAUGUCUAAAGGUCUUUAAAAGAGAAACAGAAUCCACGCAGGUGUUAACACAAACACAUGGGGUCAGUCUCACAAGAAGCUCCUUUAAGGUGAUGGAACUGAAAGUAAAAGUGGGUAAUCAUUUGUUCAGUAACACAAUUGUUGCUGUAGCUGCAGUUCUGCUGUCAUCUCUGUUCAUUGUGAUAUUUACUGUCGUGAAGAGUUAUAUUGAGCUGUAGAGUGGUAUGGUCGUACUGCCUGUACUUCAUAUCCAAUGUCGAUCAAAGUCUUAGAAACAUGCUUAUGAACUGAAAAGGUCUGGACAUUUUGGAACAGGAUCAUCGUGGGAGAACAUGGAUCUGUUUCUGUGAUCACUGUCUUUAGUCUGAUCAGCUGUGAGUGGACAGUGUCUCAUCACUGCGGCCUGUUCGUUGGCUAGUGUCUGUUUGCGUGUGGUGUCAGUGUAGGCCUCAGAUCGACUGAGUGCAGCAACCUGGCGUUUGUUGUAGCCGUCCGAUCCAGUUUGUUUCCGUGCAGUUCAAAAGGCCAAAAACUUAAAGGACAAAAAUCUAUUGAAGAAGUAUAUUUAUAUUGUCUUAUUGUGCACCUGUUUUGUUCAGGUGUCUUAUCUAUGUGUCACUAUUAAAAGUGUUUUUA